GUCAAAAAGCUCCCCCUCCUCUUCCCCUCACCCACCUCUCGAACUCUCCGGCCCUCCAAACCCUAGCUUUCCCCCACCUCCCCCCCAUGGCCGACGGCGAUCCGGCGAAGGCGCCGGCGCCGGACAGCGAGAAGCCUUCAGCCCCGGCGGCGGCGGUCGAGGUGGAGGAGACGCGGCGGCCGCCGCCGGCGCGCCCCGGGAGUCCGGUCGAGGAGAAGCGCCAGUCCCAGGUGGACGCGACGGCGGCCGAGGCAGUGACGCGCCCGCCGCCGAAGGACCCUGGGGCGCCGCCCGCUGAGAACCGGGAGAAAGAGGCGAAGGAGAGGAAAGAAGUGGAGAAGGGGAUGGGGGAUGAGACGAAGGAGAAGCGGGAGGAGGAGGAUAAGGGGAAGGAGGAGGCGAAGGAGGAGGCGGCGGCGAAAGAGAAGGCUGAGGCAAAGGGGAAGGUGAAGGUACAUGCGGUGGUGAAGGUGGAGGGGACGGAGAAGGAGGUCAAGCCGACCCGGCGGCCGGCCGGGGCCAGCGCGGAGACGUCCAUCCUCGCGGUGCCUGUGGUGGCCGUACCGUGCUUCAUAGCGCCUUCGGGGUUCGCGGGCCAAUUUGCAAUGACGCAUCAAGCAGCUUUGGCGAGUGUAACAGCACAGGCACAAAUGCACUUGCAAUCCCCAACCACAUCUACAUGUUCAGAAGCGCCGUCAAGUCCGUUUUAUAUAACACCAAGGUCUAUAGUGCCACUGCAGCAAUCACCAUCAACUGAAGGAAAUGUUUGUAGACAAUUAGCAGACAAGCCAUUUUCAUCGGAGCCAAAAUCACCCCACCUUGUAAAUAUGGUGGCUGAUGGCUUCAACUGGAGGAAAUAUGGCCAGAAGCAGGUGAAAAGUAGUGAUAAUUCCAGGAGCUACUAUAGAUGCACUAGCUCAGGUUGUUCGGCUAAAAAGAAGGUUGAGCAUUGCCCUGCUGGCCGUGUCGUGGAAAUCAUUUAUAGAGGGGCUCAUAAUCAUGAACCACCUCCAAAAACUAGAUUUGCAAAAGAAAAGGUGACUCCUAUUAGUGUUCCCUCUGGAGGUGAAACCUUGAGACUUGUGAAUACAGAAAUUCUAGAAUCCAGUACACCUACCUGCAAAUCGGACCAUUGUGCUGUCACAGAAACCUGUGAGCAGCAGCUCUUUUGCUCGAGUGAUUGCGAAGGUGAUGCUGGUAACAAAUCUGAAGAUGAACAUCCUAGUGAAGAACCCAUGCCGAAGCGAAGGGUGAUUGAAACGACUGCACCUAACUUAACCCCUGUUCUCAGAACUGUUAGAGAGCAAAAGAUAAUUGUGCAGGCUGGAAAGAUGAGUGAUGGAUACAGAUGGCGCAAGUACGGACAGAAAAUUGUUAAGGGAAAUCCAAACCCCAGGAGUUAUUAUCGUUGCACACAUGGUGGGUGCCCUGUCCGUAAGCAUGUGGAAAAGGCACCAGAUGAUGUCAACAAUAUUGUUGUAACUUAUGAAGGUAAACACAACCAUGAUGAACCAUUUAGAAGCAACAGCAUACCUGUGUCUGCUAUCAGUCCACCAACGGUAACCAUCGAACAACCCAACACAUCAACCACAACAGCAGAUGGGAAACCCCCAACCAUCACUCAGAAGGAUGCCAAUGGCGAGUCUGAUAAGGAAACUACUUUGGAAUUUGGAGGUGAGAAAGCACUUGAAUCUGCACAAACACUGCUCAGCAUCAAAACUAAUUCUGAUGACAUGAAGAACUCUGUCCUGAAAGAAACUUCUUCUGCAGUUCCUGUCCAAAACAGCUGAAUUCUGCUGAGAUAGGGUGAUUCUAUUGACGUAUUAGCCUGUGAUAUUUGUUGGUUGUCUGUUAUUGUGUUAGCUUGUGUAUGAGGUGAUGUUUGCGUUCGGCAUUCUGUGGAGCACUGGAGGAAAAUUUGAGGAAACAUUUAGGUUCUGGAACCCAUGACUGGUCGUGUACCUGUAUAGAUUUUUAAUCCUUAGUGUGUAUAGGUACUGUAUUUCUUACCUGACGCUAAGCAACAAAGAGACCCAAUGAGACCUGAUGAGAGUUCUUCAGAAAUUGUGUGCUGUAUUGUUCAAGUUCCAUUUAUUGCAUAGCUGAUCUGAGAUAUGGUUUAUUUAUUCAUCAGUAUGACAGUAAAGUUGUAA